ACCAAAGCCCAAAACUCAGCCCAGGUCUUCAAUCAGCGAUUGGACUCCUAUAAUUAACCUAACUCCAUCCCCGUUUCUACGGUCGCCACUCUCCAUUGCAGCCAAAGCUGCUUCGAUUUUCAGCUUGCUCUCUCGCCGCCGUCUGCCAUGGCCAAGAGAACCAAGAAGGUUGGGAUUGUCGGCAAAUACGGCACCCGAUAUGGUGCUAGUUUGAGGAAGCAGAUCAAGAAGAUGGAGGUGAGCCAGCACAGGAAGUACUUCUGCGAGUUCUGCGGCAAGGAUGCUGUCAAGAGAAAGGCCGUCGGUAUCUGGGGAUGCAAGGAUUGCGGCAAGGUGAAAGCUGGAGGAGCCUACACCAUGAACACCGCCAGUGCUGUGACCGUGAGGAGCACCAUCCGACGUUUGAGGGAGCAGACCGAGAGUUAGAUGUCUUGUUUGAAUCGUAACCUCGUUCUGUUACUGUUAUGGGAUUUUGAUUUCGUUGUAUUAGUUGAGAACAAUGUCGUUUCCUUUCUGGUUUGUUUACUUUGUAGGACCUAAUGAAAGCUGGUUUUUUUGGGGUACUGUUUAAGAGAUAUUGAUCAUUGUAGACACCACCGAGUUGGUUCCUCCUUAUGUAGUGUUUUACUGCAAAUUUGGCUAUACAAGACUCAUUUCUGUGGCUGAUGCUCCAUUGAUUUUUCAUCCAUAUUUCUCAAGUAUGGUUGCACUUGCAUCUGCUGCAAUAAUGAUAUGUGGAUGGUCUGGGAUGGUAAGGGGAGCUAAUUGCUAAUACAGUAACACUGUUAUGGUGUUUAAGUGGUUUACUGUAAAGGACUCUAUUGAGCCGCGAAUAUUUACGCUUUGCACGUCAAGGGUGCUUCACUGUAACGGACUCUAUCGAUCAACAUUUUACAC